UUGCUGCGAUGUGGCGGGGACUACACACAGCGCAAGCCGGUUGACCAUCUCUCCACAUGCCGACAACACUCUGCAGUCAGCAGAAAGAUGUCCUAAUAUGGGUUGGUCAUGCGUGGUGGCACGCGCCGUGACCUGCUUCCUCAUGCUCACCCGAGUGUCGGCAUUGACAUCCGACAUCUUCGCAGCGGGAAAAUCGGACAAAGAGAUACUGGAUAACCUACUGAAAAAUUCUCGCUAUGACAAAAGACUGCUCCCACCAGUAGAUGAUCCGGAAUUCUGUUGUGGUCUAACAUCACCUAACGACUCUCUGGCACAAAAUAGGGUCGGGCUGUCUUCGCUACGGCCACGCUCGCACAACCGCGGUGUCCUCACCGUAAAUGUUAGCGUGCUACUUCUUAGUUUAGCAUCUCCUGACGAAUCUAGUCUUAAAUACGAAGUAGAGUUCCUCCUACAGCAGCAGUGGUACGACCCACGGCUGCGGUACUCGAACCAGUCGCAGUACGAGUACUUGAACGCCAUCCACCAUCACGAGGAUAUCUGGUUGCCGGAUACUUAUUUCAUCAUGCAUGGGGACUUUAAGGAUCCUAUAAUACCCAUGCACUUCGCAUUGCGUAUUUACCGCAAUGGCACAAUAAAUUACCUGAUGCGACGGCAUCUAAUACUGUCCUGUCAGGGGAGGCUCAACAUCUUUCCAUUUGACGACCCGUUGUGUUCAUUUGCCUUAGAAAGUAUAUCGUACGAACAAUCUGCUAUUACCUACGUGUGGAAAAAUGAUGAAGACACUCUUCGGAAGUCACCUUCGUUGACGACGCUCAACGCCUACCUCAUCCAGAACCAGACCAUUCCCUGCCCCAUCAAAGCUAGCUGGAGAGGUAACUACAGCUGUCUAAAGGUCGACCUAAUCUUUACUAGAGACCGAGCGUUCUACUUUACGACAGUAUUUAUCCCUGGAAUAAUACUGGUGACUUCCUCCUUCAUCACGUUUUGGCUGGAGUGGAACGCAGUGCCAGCCCGUUCCAUGAUAGGUAAUUACAGCUGCCUCAAAGUGGAUCUCAUCUUCACGCGGGAUAGAUCAUUUUACUUCACCACAGUUUUCAUUCCGGGCAUCAUUUUGGUGACUUCAUCGUUUAUAACUUUUUGGCUGGAAUGGAAUGCAGUGCCUGCUAGAGUAAUGAUAGGUGUAACAACAAUGUUGAAUUUUUUCACAACAUCAAACGGUUUUCGGUCAACAUUGCCGGUGGUGUCGAAUUUGACGGCCAUGAACGUGUGGGACGGCGUGUGUAUGUGCUUUAUUUACGCCUCGCUCCUCGAGUUCGUGUGCGUCAACUACGUGGGGAGGAAGCGGCCCCUCCACAAUGUGGUGUACAGGCCCGGAGAGAACCCCGUCACUCAGCGACUGCCCGCUGUCCUGAGCAGAAUUGGCAUUAUACUCGCCAGCCCCUUGGAGGCGAUGGCAUUUCUCCAUUGGGCAACAGAUACCCCCCAACCGGAGACUAGUGGUGCUGGUGAUAAAAAGAGGGAAUCGACAGGAGCAGCGGACUUAGUGACGUGUACUACGUGUACUGGGCCCCCGGGCUCGUGUACCCACACAGCCAACAACGGGGGCGUGUCAGAGCCAUGUUUCGUCCAGGUUCGCAAAAAAGAACCACCGCACCCGAUCCGCGUAGCGAAGACCAUAGACGUGAUCGCGCGCAUCACCUUCCCCACUGCCUACGCCGUGUUUUUGAUCUUCUUCUUCAUCCACUACAAAGCGUUCUCUUAAUGCAGCCUCCGCGCCUCAGCUCUUCAGGCCGCUUCCCCAACGAACUGUCUUUUACAAUUUUGUCUUAUCGCGUCACGGGCUUGCAUGAGGCCGAACUGUUCCACACCAAUGUUUUCGAUGAGUGACAACAUUCGUACGAAUUGUGAUUAUUACCGUAAAGUGAUCGUAUUUAAGUUAGUUGUAAGGAACAAGCAGAUAUCGCUAUAUGCGGCUUACGAUAAGUGUUGAUGAAAGUCGGUCGAGUGAUGAAUUUCUACAGGUUUUGAAAUAGUUUUCGAUAAAUUCGUAUUAUGUGGAUGUUUGUAAUAUACCUGCUGACGAAUGUGCAAGGUAAUAUUUUUUGUGUACACAAAACUUAUGAUAGGCUAAAGAGGGAUCAAUAACUUAAUUGUAUGAAAAUGACUUACUUGUAUUCAUGUUAUUAGAUCUUGGGCGUGAGCAUAUUAUAUGGAGGGUUGGUUUCAUGAAAUUUGUGAAACGUAACGUUAAGAUCUUGAGCGAAAGAAAUCUAUUUCAAACCUAAAGACAGUCCAAUUGUACUUUAUUGCUUUAAGUUUUUAUUGUAUAGCUAUAAGUUAGUAAAAGACAUGAUAACUUAUAUUUACUUAGGAUUUAUUAGAGUUAAUCACUUUAAUUAGUUAUGCUACUUAUAUUAUUUAUUCAUAUACACCCACAUAAGUUGUGAUAAUAAAUUAAAGUUUAAAGUUGCUUUAUAAGUAGGGAUGAUAAAGUAUGGAUGAUUUAUGACUAGAUAUUGUUUUUGCGGCAUUAUCGGUUUGAGUGGAUAAGUUUAAUGUUCAUGUAUAGACAAUCUACUAGACGUAGUUGCAUAGUUAGAUUAAAGCUCAAGUCGUUACUUAUCUUUAAAUUAAAGUAAAUUAUUAUUAGUCAUGACAUAAAACUUCUUGUAAUUUUCAAACUAAGUCCAUGUAACUAUAAUUUAUUUCAUAUAAACCAUGAACAUGCCUUGUAUAUUCGAUGUUAUAUUUUUUGCCCGAACGAAUAUUAACUAAUAAGAACAGAACGUGUGACGCCAGCUGUAAAUAUUGUAUUGGUAUUAAAUAAUUACACUUCUCAAUACGCACUAAGUAUUGAACCCUUUCGGUUACGUGAAAUGUAAUGUGUGAAAUAUUGUACUUUGUACUUACUAAUUUCUUAUUGACUGUAGAAAGAACAGUGUAACAAUUAGGCAUUUUGAUUUUCAAAAUGUUUUUUUUUCUUGUACAUUAUGUGCGUACCUCUUGACUCUUACAAAACUGUAAAAGAUUUGACUGCGUUUGAAUUAUUAAGGCAAAGGCAUUUUUUUCUUUCGUAAUACAUACCUACGUUCCUAUCCAUGUCCAUGCUUUUUAAGGAGGCCAAUAAUUUAAUCUCUUGAUGAAUGAUAAAUUAUUUAUAGUAUUUCAUAAGCCAGUUCAAUUUUAAUAGGUACCAUCGACACAAUGCCUUUUGCUUGUUAAAGACGUGGACCAACGAGUCAACUGUUUUGGAAAAUAGAUUUUAUAACUUAAUAUUAUAAAAUAAUUUGUAAGAAAAACGCGUUUUGGCUGUGCUUUGAAUUCAAAUUAUCUAUAUUUAAUAUACAUAUGACGAGUAGUUAACGCAUGAUCAAAAUUUUUAAAUAUGAAUCAUGAUUUCAAGUUUGAUCUAAACAUUGGCAUUGUCGCGAUUGAUGACAAUCAAUCAAAAAUGUCUGAUGCUUCUUUUAUUAAACUUAUCUAGAAACUGUUUAUGCUACUGUAAUGCAUAAUAAUAUUACGACGUAGGCAACGAGCUAAUGCGUGUGACAACAAUUUUAAUUUCUAAAAUUAAGAACGAAAUCUCUUCUUCUUUAUAAUUUCUAAAAUUAAUAAGAUUGUCGUUCGUUAAGUAGUGCAGUUAUUUGUGUUAUCCUAAUGAACAGGCAUUGAAAAAGUUAAUUAAUGAAACAUUUAGUGGUCUACUUGUAAAUUCACAAAUACUUUUUCAAAUCGAUGAAUCAGAAAACGAGCAAUUUUAUCCAGUAUUCUUUAAAUUAUUCACAACGCAAAUAAUACUAUUCAAAUACGAAAGACUACAUUUUGCGUCGCGUCGGCUUCUAUGCUCGGUUCAAAAUAUUAUGUAAUUUUCAAAGUAUACUUUUGUUCUCAUAAUAUCCUAAAGCAUAAAUGAUCUAAUAAAAAUGAUCUUUAUCGAUUAAUUACGUUAACCCGUUAAAAUUUAUAAAUGUUAUAAGAGGACCUAAUACUACCAUUCCUUAAAGAAUAGGCUCGAAACACAGAGUCUUUGGCUCGUGGUGAUACUAAUUUAAAUUUGCAAAGUUUUUAUACUUACUAUUUAAUAUGUAAGAAAAAUUACAUAUCAUUCGCUUUAUAAGAUACAAUCUUGUACCUAUUUAAAUUACGCAAUUUAAACCUGUUAAGCAAAGCUACUUUAUUAUGUAUUCUAUGCUGACUAGAUUUGUACUAUGUUAUUAUAUUUGUUGAAUACCUAUGUAAUUUUAUUAUAUUAACGUUAUACCUAUACCAAUAUCUCAAUAUAAGUACAUACAAGUACAAGCAAAGCAUACCAAAGUGUUUGUUGUGUGGAAUAUCGAAGAAAAUAAUACCUAAUAUUAUGUAGUGUUUUAAAUAAACCAUUGAUUUUGUCCAGGUCUUAAUUAUUGUCGUUAUUAAGUAAACAUCAAAAUGUGUGUGAAUGGAAGACCAAGAUAAAAAAAAUCGCGUAGGUUCACAAUAUAAUGAGGAGCAUACUGUAAGCCUGAUAUAGGUAUCAAUAAUUGUCAAUAGCCACAUCGCUAUUAAGCAAGCAUUCUUCAUCAAAGAUUCAUGUAGCCAAGCUAAUAAAAUAUCGGUGCUUAUUUUUUUGAAUCUGUAACAUGUGCAUUAGAUAAUUUAUAUUCGCUGCUAAUACUUAUAUGUGUUUUACUGUUAAAUUUAUUUUAGAUCAAAUAAAAUUAACAAAUUACUUACUACAAGAUAUGAUUUUGUGGUUUCCGUAUUAGUUUUUACUCAAUGUUAUGUAGGGUAUCUUGACUAGGUAUACCAAAUCGCCAAGAGAUUCAUUUUUACUGCAAUUUUCUAGUUGAGGAGGAACCAAUAAUGCCUGUCGAGUUAUUACGUAGGUAACAUUGUGAAUAAAAUAAUUUAAAAUAAAAAGAAAAUCAGAUAAUUGUCUAUGUAACGAAAAAAUUACCUGAAAUUUUGAUUUACAGUUUUUUUUGUGAAAAAGGCAAAUUCUUUCUCGGACAGUGUAGGUAUUGUCUUGAAUAAUGUUUGAAAAAAUAAAUACCAACGUGUGACAGAUAAGUACCUAAGCACCUUGUCAUCGACAACCCAAACAAAAUCCACAAAAAUCAGUCCAUUUUCUUAUAUGUGAGUUCGAAGCAAAGAACUACGCAAAUUAUUUUUCUAUUAUUUUCAGAAAAAAUAUUAAGUCUAUCAUAGUUCGACUGAUUUAUCAAAUCCAAAAUAUAUUUUAUAUACAUUUUCUCUCUUUUAUAAAAAUAACCGACUACGAUUAAAGUUACCUACCUUUUUGAAUAUAAAAUAUCACUCAUACAACUAGUAAAUAAUUGGAAGCUUCGCCCAAUAUGAGAGAGUAGGCUGAAUGAGCCGCUUUAAUACGAGUAUAGGUAAAGUAUAUAUCAAAUAAUAUGUAAAGUACAAUAUUUAUUAAUAUAAUAUAAACGUUAGGAAAAUGUAUUGUAUCAUAGGCGUGCUGUACCAUAAAAACAAUAAUACAUGUAGUGUCAUUCUGAUUUCUGCAAAUAUUGUUGCAGUUUACUUCAGCGUUAAUUAUAAGAUUAACAUAGAUAACAAGCCAAGUUAAUUUGUAUUCUAUACUCAGGUCCCUAUUAUAAAUCUCAAAGUCCAACUGAUCAAACGCAAGCAUAGAUACGAUAGUGCAUGGUUGGUUGACAAGAAUUUCAAUGCAUAUUUUCAGAGUUCAGAGGCUAUUGAUUUCGAUUCAAACUUGGGUGCUGUUUCAUAAUACCGUUCUAAAGCAGUUUCAUACAUGUUUUCAAUUUUAAUCACCUAACCAUAUCUGUGGCUUUAAAUAAAAAAACUGUGUAAUCACAUUGUAGCAUACUCAUGACAUAACUCAUACAUUUAUCAUCAUUAUUUUGCAUCAAAUAGCCACCUAUUUUUACAUUAUUGUAAAAUAGAUGCAUGAAACAUACUGCCGAAGUGCCCAUUUAUAUUCACGCGUAAUUUUAACUUAUGUUAAAAAAGCGAUCCCUUAUUUAGAAAUAAAAUUAGUUAGGUAAUUUAUUAAUAAAUCGAAGCACGAAAAGACAUUAGUGAGAUAAAACACAAAGAUAAUCCAUUCAGCGAAAAUUUGAAUGGAUAGUAUUUGUAUAAGGUACUUAAUUAACAAUAUUGUAUAGUCACUACGUCACUGGUAGGCAUGAAUUUUCAUCUAGAAAUGCCUUCAAAACUUUGCUAUUAAGUAGGUAUACAUAACUUAUCGAAACUAUCUCUAGGAAAGCACUCACGCUAGAAACUUUGUUUUGAGUUGUUGUCCAUCCUUCUAAACGGUAAGUAGUGUAAUCGAAAUCGAUAUUAUUUUAAAUGUCUGGUGGGGGGGACUUUUUAUUUUUGUCUCAACAAAAAAUAAAAGGCUAUGUAUGUACCUAUACAAAGUUAGGUACAAAAAAGAAAAAUAGUUUUCCACUGGAUUACUUUUCUACACACGUCUUGCUCUCAAUGCACCAGUUUUAGUAUGCUUUAGCUUAAUCGGUGUCUUUCGGUUAGCAUUAGGAAAUUAUUAUUAUUAUUAUAUCUUUCAAAAUAUUUCAGUUCUCGUGUUUGGGUUAAACGUUUUCUUGUUUAUUUAAAUAUACGUAAAUGAGUUUAUUUUUAUUUAAAAAUAAAUAAAUAAUAAAAUAAAGUUAUGUGAUCAACGGAUAAACUAAAUAAGUAGGUAAGUUACCUAAACAAAAGUUUUUUUAUCAUGGCCUUAUUAGCGAUGCCUCUACUUCUAAAAUCUUGUGGUUAAACCUUAUGUUGGAUCCAUCCUUGCAUGAUCCAAAUUAAUUUACAAAUCAAUUAUGUACCUACUUACAAUCUUAGAUCGUAAUUUAAGUACAUACCUACGUAAGGAUGUGUGUACAUUGUACACUGACGUAUUAAAAUUUUCUAAGAAACAUAUUAAAUCCGUCAUGUAAAAUUACUUAUAACAUAAUUUUUAGAAUAAACCUAAGCAUAUUGAUAUAAUAAUUAUUGUGAUCAAAUUUGAUCUGAAACGCUAUCACUUACUAAUUAAGUAGGUAGGUACCUACUCCGCAAUAUUAAAUAGGUAACUACGUACAAUACAACACGUAUAAUAUUUUCCUCAGCUUUUCUCAUAGAAAUUCGUUUUGCUUAGAAAAGUUUAUGAGUUUGCACUUUUGCAUUUAACAAAAAUUUUGUUGUUGGAACAACACCAUGUUUUCAAGCUACUCAUUUAUUAUUGUUUAAAACUAUUAGAAACAACAUGUGCAUAAUAUGUUUUAUACACGAGAAAAUUUAUGAGAAAA